AGGGACCCCCCUCAGUGCGGCGCAAGGAUCCCUUGGAGGGAGGAAGGAGUAGUAAAUAUGCGGUGGGGGCAUUGCUAAUGGUAAUGCUAUAUCUUUUCGUUCACUCAACAUGAUCUCUUGAAAAUGAAAUUGUAAAUUGAGUUGAUUGGUACUUAGUCGUAACUCGUAACAACAGCACUGUGUAGGGGUAGAGCUACUAGUUGGUGGCUUGUAGUACGACCACGUUGCGAUUUGUUGAGUUGUUGCGAUUUACUUACUUAGCAUACGAACGCGAGUAUAGACGUGUAGUCUUUAGCUAUAGAAGGCUUGGAGGUUCUUCUUGUCGCUUUCAACAUUACUUUUACCACUUUUACGAUUUACAUCGAAAUUUGAACGUUUUUUUCCCCCCGUCACUUUUCUUUUGUCAUUUUGGUUUUAGCAUAAGUUUCGAACUUUUUCACAUCAUCAAAAAUGAGAAUCCUAUUGAUCCCGCUGCUCCUGGCGGCGAUUUUUUGCCACCUCGGCGCACAGGAACUCUUCGGAGUGCUGGGCUCCGCAUCAUUUUCCACCCCCUCGAGAAGUACAGAAGCCGCAGGUAGUGCCGAACAGCAAAGCACAGCACCAACGCCUGACCCCGCCGAGGACACGACGACCAAAAGCGUCUCUGCUCGUCAGCUCUACAGCAUGGACGCCCCAACUACACAGCAGGCCCACCUCUCCAUGGCGACGGACAUACCCAGUAGCUCGGGGGAGCUGACAGGGUUCAAGUGCGCUCCUUCGGCGUGUGAGGAGUUUGUUCCCGGGCAGCGGGACGACGACUGCUGCGCCUUUCCCUGGAUGGCGGGGUGCGCGCCCGGACACCUGUACACGGAAGGCCGGCUUGGGUGCGGCCACGGCUACGAUAAUGGUGCGUACAGCACCUGCUGCAUUCCGAAAGCGCACUACGACCAGAACCAGGGCAUGUUUUGCAACAGAUUGAAGGAGUGUGUGUUCAAGGAAAAAGCCGCGGCGGGCGGUGAAACUGUGGAUCCGAGUCAGACGUGGAAAGAGGACGGGGAUGGUGGGUCCGAGGAACCGGGAGAUAAUGACGUGUCUGCUGAGGAAACUCCCUUCCGGUGGAACGAGAAUGACGAGUACGAGCGACAGGGGUACAAUCCGCCAGACGACAUCGCGGCCAAUACAGAGAAGUGCAUCUUGGCUGCCUGCCAGGAGUACGAGCCGGGGCGUUUGGACACGGACUGCUGUGCGCACCCGGAAGUGGCGUUUUGUGGAAACGCACUGACGUACGCGCCCGGCGCGGAGGGGUGCGGGUGGGACCUGAGGCAGGGGCAGCGGAGCACGUGUUGCUACGACCCAAACAUUUGGAGCGAGGGCGACAUCACAGCGACGCAAGAAGCCCCAGCCGCGAACAACGUGGGCGAAAGACUUCCUAACCACCAUUCCCCGCCGGACGACAUUACUGCGGACCCGAACUGCCACAUCGAAGCGUGCCAAGAGUACGAAAUUGGGACGCCGGAUUCGGAUUGUUGCGCCUUCGAGGGAUUUUGUGCGUCAGGAUUCCGGUACGAACCCCGGGCCGCCGGUUGUGGGUGGGGUCUGGAGGAUAUGAGAGUUGUGCACAACUUCUCCUCCCACGCAUUUGCAUGGCAUGAGCAGCAAUACACAAACACCAACACUACAUCACUUGGAGCCUGUGCAUGACAAGUUCACGGGCCGAGUGUAGUAUUGUUUCGGGUUGUUCCGAAAUUUGUCAUGCAAACAGUGCCACAAGGCACCAAGUGAUCAAUUGUGGACUUUGCAUCACAAAUGAGGGGGAGGGGGGGUUGUGCACUCUCAUCGUGGAGGGGGCGUUCUCGACGUGCUGCAUCAGGGAUGAACAAGGUACAGGCAGCGCUAAUACCGGUGCUAGCACUUCUCAGCAGUCCUCUCGUGGCAGUUCUUCUUCCUCGAUGACUGCGUCCGUGAGGAGUGGUGAUUUCACCGCGAGCUCCGACAGCGCGGUGCCCAUUGCGAGGACCGCUCCGAUGCUUUCCAACGCCGAGCUCAUGGCGCGGUACAAUGCCUGGGCGGCGGCGAACGGUGGCAACAUCGCGGAGACCGAGACACAGCCGCCAGGCCCGGAGGAUCACUUUUACAAAAGGUUAUCCGCAGCACCCGGCUCCGCGACGUGGCUUAUCAAGGCGGACCGGGAGGGAGAAAGAGCGGAGACCGAAGUGGUUUGUGAGUUACCAGCGUGCGAGGAAUUCGUGAAGGGGAACAGUGAUAGCGAUUGUUGCGCGAUCCCGCGCAUGGCAAGCUGCGCAAUCGGGCAUCGGUAUUUACCAUUGAUCCGGAACUGCGGGGGAAAGAACGACAUGGGCAGUCGGGUGACGUGUUGUGUGAAAGAUGAUUCCGGCUCUUUCAACACGGAAAAAGACACGGGUAGAAAAUGGUUUGAUCGUGUGUUCGGGGCCGGAACUGCAGAGCCCGAUUUCUGCAUCCCGGGGUUCCCCAGGCCCGCGAAUCCGUACACCUGUGCCGCGCAGCCGGCGAGCACAGGUGCUUCUAGUAACAGUGAUAACAGCUACGCCUUCUUCGACGCGGAGAUAAUUAAGGCGAAUACGACUUCCGAGGAACGGCUGCCAAAAGACGUGACUGGCACUGCCUUGAUGACCGACCAAGCGUACAAAAACGGAAAAGAAGCCGGUCUGCGCAACAGCGUCGCGCUCGCCGCGGAUUUGGAUGUUUCGAUGGUGCAAGUGAAGGCGACAGGGUUUCACGUAGUUGAGAGGGAAAUAACGGGAAGCAGAAGAAAGCUCAGCACUACGACGCCUGCAUCUGCGGUGCAGACGGUGCAAACCUCUUUUAUAGUGAAGUCCAUGGACGCAACCAAUGCCCGCGUCGCCGCUAGUCUGACGGACCGCGCGGCCACAGCGCGGAUUCAGGCCAUGACCGAGGAAGCCAUGCGGACGAACCAGCGAAGCGCGGGAUCGGAUUCCGUGGUGCGUGGCGCUUGGCAGAUGGAGAGUGUCCGUCCGGUGGAUGUGCAGGGGAGCUGCGUUACCCGGGCAAACAAGGACUAUUGCGAAGUCUACAGCCGGACCUCGUUUUCUGAUGAACGCGGAAGCCGUUCGCAGGACGAGGACGGGAGUAGUGUGUUGCUGCUCGUUUGUCUGCUGGUCGCAGGUGGGUGCUUAUUGGCUGGGUGCGUUUUUUGCUACGGUGGAUAUGGUAGUUGUACAAGAGCCUUCCCGUGGUCGCGUUUCGGUUUAUUUGGAAACAAGAACCAGGCAAGUAAAGUUGUAAACCGUUACGCCACGACGAUUUCGCCUGGCGAUCUUCAGCAUGCGGUGAGCAACAUCAAGCCUGGAGUAAGCAGACAGCAACAGAAAGAAACCCAUGAAAACUUAUCAGAAAUGCGUUCCUCCCAGGCCGCACUGCCCCUUGCGAUCAUGGAAAUGCCGUCGAUCGGGGAGAACGGCAGUGCCGCGGCCGGGGCUGACUAUCCGGUCGGCGGGGAGGUUGCUGUGGAGAAAGUGAGGAAGAAGGGAAGUGGUUCUGCGAAAAAGCAGCAGAGCAGACAGCGGCGGGUAACCAGUGGUGAUGCAGCACUCUCCGAUGAGAACUUGGCGUCGCUUCCAAACCGGAGCGGAAUUGCUUCCACGUCGAGGCGAACGCGAACAACUACGGGGCCAAGCAUGGAUACGGUUUCUGUCUCCACUGUUAACACAGCGACCACCCGGGCUUCGACAACCGCAACUGCCAGCUCGACGGCCUCGCUGGCCAUUGGCGCAAGUAGUGGUAGUGCCACUUCUUACAACCGUCAAGUAAAUUCGAACAUGCCGCCUGGAAGAGGACCGGGGCGGCGGUCGUGAAGAGCAAUGCGGCGAGGCUACAAUAGCAGAGACACGUUGAUUUAUGAAUCGGACAAAAUUUUUGAAAAUUAAGAAAAGCAAGAUUGUGCAUGGAAUAGCACAUUAAAACCUUUGACAGGGUACACAUUUGGUGGAUUUCUUCAUAGGCGGUGUAAUCAAAAAAUCUCGAAAACGAGAAAGGGAAGAGUCUAUCGAUUCGCCUAGAAGACAUCAGCGGUCUUUCUUCAGUUCAAAAGAAAUCUUGUAGUUACAUCAAAAAAGGUGAAAGCAUUUGUUUCAGACCUAGGUAGCGUUAUUGCUAUUCGUAAUGCUAGUUUCGUUUCUAUGUGUAACUCCGAAAAAGAGCUGUCGCUGUAAAACGACGCUAUUUUUCCGACACGCACUUUGGAAAGUGUAUCG